UGAUAAUUCCCCUCAAAUUAGUAUCAAACUCGAGCUUGUUACUAGAAGCAAUGAAAGUUCUUCUUCAAAACAAGGAGUUGUGGGAGAGAUUCAGACAACAUCAGACAGAGAUGAUGAUCACAAAGUCCGGAAGGCGAAUGUGUCCAGUUAUCUCACUGAAAUUCGAAGACCUUACUCCGAGACAAUUUUACACAGUUAUGAUAGACUUUGUAUUGAUGGACGAGUUCAGAUAUUCCUUUGACGCGGGAACUAAUACCUGGCUACCGUACUGUCGCGAGAUGCCGGUUGAGGAAGGCCGCGCUAAAGUGUUUGUUCACGCGGAAACGCCCUGGAAUGGAGCUACUCUCAUGACAAACGGGCUCACCUUUAAAACGCUGAAGCUCACAAACAGUCCUAAGACGGCGGAGAAAUCAUCACAAGCGAUUCUUCUCAGCACGAUGCGGCGUUACACGCCCCGCAUUCACGUACUAGAAAGUCCCAAUGGAAUUUACUUUGAUUACAAAUUGAGGAAAGAGUUCUACUUCUCUGAGAUGGAAUUCAUAGCCGUGUCUCAAUACAGAAACAAGAAUAUCACUAAACUCAAAAUAGACGCCAAUCCAUUUGCGUCGGCUUACAGAAGAGACGGAUUACAUGGUCAAGCUAAAAGACGCCGCAUGGAAGGUCAGGUUGUAUGCGAGGAUGAGAGAACCUCAGAUGAUGGUCCGCCGUCCAAUAGUUCAAGUGUCCAGGAUUCCAUCGUCAACGGAGACGAGUUGGAUAAAGAAAGUAACCAAUCCUCUUCAAACGAACAUCCGGAAGAAUCUUCGCCAGAAGAAAGCUUCAUCUCUGACAAGCAGCAAUUGCAUGAGAGACACUUACUCUCACCCAGUCAGGAAGGAAUCAGCAAAGCUGUACCAGAGGUAACCAGCUUAACUCAAGCCGAGUUAAAUAUCCAGGAACAGUCGGGAGUGAUUAGCCAGGAAAAACUAUCCACUGUGUCACUAGUCAAUCAAAAUCAAACCCCAAGUGAAACUAGUGACAGUGAGUCGAAGCUAAUGUGUGAAGAAUCCCGUGAGUGGAUAUGGGGAUUUGACCAGCAGAUGUUGGUGAGACAUGAAUUCGAAAACUUCAUUGAAGGAAGUCAGAUAACCAGCCAUGAGACUCGAUUGCAAAACAACUCUUACGCUAAAGAGCCCUUCUGCGAUGAAACUAAAGCAAGUGUGAACAGGAGGAAAAAGUACGUGCCAAGAAGGUUUCAAAGAAGGGACGAUCUAUCCUCAGUAAACACCCGUUUAGAUUCAAAGGACAAGGAACAAACAAUCGAGGGUGAAGCUGUGGAUAAAAACAAUUUGAACAAAAAGGGCGUUAAGUUACCACAACUGAGUAACACCAAUAGCGCGCAAGAUACAAGACAAUCUGAAUUUUCCAGGUGCUCAGAAGAACUCGGAAGGACACCUAACAAGUGUAACAGUUCACAUCAACCAGAGACACUCAGUUCUUACGUAGAUGCGGUAUUGCCAUCCAGUGUAAGGACUAAAGCAGGAGUUUUGUUUGUGAUUGGUCAGAACGCUUCACAAUCGGUGAGUAUUCAAGCUGAAGAACCAGUGGUCACUGUCACCAGUUCUUCUUCAAGGACAGAGGUCCUUACAGGCUCUUCUCUUGAUGCAUUGAUUGCGUUGUGUUCAAAAGCCGGGACAAAUACGUUGGGCAACCGAGAUUCAACCGAAAUUGUUAAUAGCCAAACAGUUAACAUUUCUUCAUUAGAAGCAACUAACGAAUUAGUGCAUUCAAAAGGUAGCGACUUUCCUUUGUGUAAAGAAACAGAAGAAGCAUCGAUAAAUUCUUCCAUUCGCCAGCGUUCUGCAGGACCAAAUUGUACCACCUUAGUGUCUCUGACCCCUCAGACUGAUGAGCAAAAGACUGUAGGGUCCUGUGUCUUUCCAAUGUCGUCUCAGUGCAGUGGACGUGCAUCAACAUCCCAUGCAACAGUAACUACUUUUGCGGUCAACAAGAGUAGCGAGAGUACUCUCAUUACCGACUUAAUAAAUGAGACACCGAAAGUUACCGACACCUACCGACAGUCGCCGACAGUUACGGUUGAAUGUCGGGCGGGCGCCACCGUGGUAACAAAAUCUUGUGUCGAAAAUCCUAUCCCUGUGAUUGUUGAAACAUAUUCUGGAUCUCAUUUGUCGAAUGGUUCCAAGUGUGAACAACAACUGGACAGAAAACAAACGAGAUACAAACGCAUCGCUCCUGCUCCAAGAAAGUCAGUAAACGCCAGUUUAGAUGAGCCCGCGUGCACUGCUUCUGUAAGUAGUAGUGGUUGUGAUGGCGGCGUUCUUUAUCCCAAAAUAGUGGAUUCUUUCACUCUGGCAAACUGUAAUGGACCCAGUGCUGCAGAGAAGUCAUCACCUUUACCAAAUUUGUAUUUCAUUCCACCCUGUAACUCAAACCUGCCACAAAUUAAUCAAGCAUAUGCUUCUUCGCCAUAUUUUGGUGUUACACCUGUGGACAACAACUUUAUGCAGGAAUUUAGGUUAGAGAAAUUCUACUCGCUUUCUUCAACAAGAGAACCCGUGAAGUCUCCUGUACGACCACAGGCUCGCUACUACAAAACAACUCGCACGAACUUUAGCCGACUAAGCUUGGAACCGAUCUGUAGCGUGAUUCAUCCGCUUGAAGGCUUCAAACGUCCUUCUUUAUCUGAUAAUUCUGCCAUCACUGAAGUUUCGGCUCAAAGACCAUGGGGAUGGCGGAGUUGAUAGGCCCUACCUGCCUACGAACAGAUGGUACUUGAACACAGUAAAAAUUAAUUUUACCAUUUUAUUCGUGAAGAACCGAUACCUUCCCGAAACCACUCGGUUUCGUGGUUGCCAAGUAACGUGACACAUGUCGACUUUCCUAUAUAUUUAUCCUCUAUUUUAUCAUAACCAUUUUUGAAUGCUAUAGCUGGUAGGCACUACAUACCAAUCGAAACCGAUUAGGAUAGCAAACUUCGUGCCACGAAGUUUGCUAUCCUAAGACAAGAUCGUUCAGACAUCCGUCAAUCAAAUUCACAAAUGGCGCAAGCAACUUUUUUCUUCUUUUACAAUAUUAAAUUUCAAGAGCGUACAAUAUAUAUAUUGUGUCACCAUUAAAUGAGUGAAAUCUUCGCAUGAAGAAAACUAAGGACGAUACAUUAAAAACCGUACCCUCCCUUUCGUUUGGGACAACAGAAUCUCAUUUAUUUCUUUUAAUAUCAUUAAAAUGAUAUUAAAUAUUAUAAACGUCCGGGAUGAUGUGAAGAAACAGUAUUCUGAGUCUUUCGUUUACAACUAGAGGGUCAGAACCCCAAAGUAACUAUUGUCAUUGGCAUAAGCCUUGCCAUAAAUUUUUAUUCCACUUGUUAUUUCAUUCGAAAAAAUCACAGCAUCGUCAAGACGCCGCGGAACCAAUAUUU